AUGGCCAGCAACAUGAUUGAAUACACUAUCGGCGGGAAACCCGGUCCUGUCAAAGCUACUCGAACCAUCGUUCCAAUUCCAAAACCUGCUGCGAAUGAAGUGUUGAUAAAGGUCAUUGCCACGGAUUCUAACCCAAAAGAUUGGAAGGCCUCCCGCAACCAUGAAGAAGGCCAUGGUAUAAAUCAAGGCGAUGAUAUUUCGGGAAUUGUUGAGUCAGUUGGAAGCUCGGUUUGGGAGUUUGCUCCUGGAGAUCGUGUCUGUGCCUUCCAUCGUAUGUUCCAGCCCCAUGGCUCAUAUGCCCAGUAUGCGAUUGCUCCGGCAUCCACAACUUUCAGAUUACCCAUCAACAUCUCUUUUGAGGCUGGAGCAACAUUACCGCUCGCGAGCAUGACAGCUGCACUUGCACUCUACCAGAACUUGGGCCUCCCCCUACCAUGGAAACCUGCAAAGGCAGAUAUUCCAAUUCUUAUCUACGGUGGUGCUUCUGCUGUGGGAGCUUAUGCGCUAAAAUUUGCAAAGCUUAGUGGUUUGACGCCAAUCAUUACCGUUGCAGGGAAUGGAAUAGACUUUGUUAAGUCCCUUAACGCUGCAGAUCAUAUCAUCGACUAUCGCAAUGGAAAUGUGGUGGAAGCGAUCCAAGAGGCUCUCAAUGGGAGAAAAGUACAUCACGCUUUUGAUGCAGUCUCGUACAAUCGCAGCUAUGAAAAUAUUGUUCAAGUGCUACAACAUUCGGGAGGUGGUCAGAUUGAUAUGGUUGACCCACCUAGCGAUGACACCGCGAACCCAAACCGUGAUCUCUGGAAAUGGCCCGAAGGAAUUAAGUUCACGAGAACUUUCGUCUCCAGCGCAUACGGUACUCCACACAAGUAUCGAAAUGAGAUCGAAGCCGCAGAAGAUCAACAGUUUGCCUAUGUGUUUUACCGAUAUAUCAGCAGUUUACUCGCCGAUGAGAGGCUCCAGCCACAUCCAUUUGAAGUUUUGCCCAAUGGUUUAGAAAGUGUGGCAGGAGGAAUUCAGUCACUCUAUGAUCGAAAGGUCUCAGCCCAAAAGCUUGUUUAUCGGUAA